CUUGGGCGCAGAGGUAGGCACUUGGCGGGCUCCCCAGGUGGCAGACGCUGCUGCUGCUCAGACCUGGCACAUAUCUGGCUCCCUGCGCGUCCUCCCCUCCCCACCCUCGCCCGCCUGCCAUGGAGAAGCUUCUCCAAAAUCUGUUGGACGACAAAGAGAAAGACGAGGAAAUAAGAAACAUGUUGCCGAAGGAUUACUUCAGCUACAAGGGCAUCCUCUUCCCCUCGGGCCUCUACACCCCCGAAAGCAUCAGCUUCGCAGAGAACACUGCCAGUGUCCGGGAUGACGACAUUUUCAUCAUUACCUACCCCAAGUCAGGCACCAACUGGAUGAUUGAGAUCCUCAGCUUAAUCCUAAAGAAUGGAGAUCCCUCCUGGAUCCAGUCUGAGCCCAUCUGGAAUCGGGCACCCUGGUGUGAGGUCCUGCUGAGUGCCUUCAAAAUCCUGGACUCCUCUGGUCCCCGCCUCAUGAGUUCCCACCUCCCCAUCCAGCUCUUCACCAAGUCUUUCUUCAAAUCCAAGGCUAAGGUGAUCUACGUGGCCCGGGACCCCCGGGAUGUGUUGGUCUCAUUUUAUCAUUAUUCCAAGAUCUCUGGGCAUUUGAAGGACCCUGGCACGCCUGACCAGUUCCUGCAGCGCUUCCUCAAAGGCAAAGUGCCAUUCGGUUCCUGGUUCGACCACAUUAAGGGCUGGAUUCAGAUGCAGGGCAAAGAGAACUUUCUGUUCAUCACUUACGAGGAGCUUAAGCAGGAUCUCCCCGGCUGCUUGAAGCGCAUCUGCCAGUUCCUGGACCGGCCGCUGGAUGAGGAGGCCCUGGGCUCUGUCAUAGCCCAUUCGACCUUCGAGGCCAUGAAGGCCAACAAGAUGUCCAACUACACACUGCUGCCCACGAGCCUGCUGGACCACAGCCAGGGAAAGUUCCUCCGGAAAGGGGUCUGUGGUGACUGGAAGAACCACUUCACGGUGGCGCAGAGCGAAGCCUUCGACCGAGUCUACCGCGAGCAGAUGCGGGGGCUGCCGCCCUUCCCCUGGGACGAGGCCUCUGAGGACACCAGCCCGGAACCCGAGGCCAGCCCCAGCCCCAGCCCCAGCCCAGGACAGGCCUUAGAGUCCCCCCAGCCGUGACCCUGAUAAUAAACGCUUCU